UUCGUCAAAUCGUGGGCUCAUAUAUGCAAGGCGCAAGAUCAAGAAAACGAUUCCUUGCCGCCAGAGUUAAUCCCCUGUUUUUCCCGCGGUGCCAUCAAGGACCCGGGAAGGCUCGAUGUGGCGCUCUUGAACAAAUGGAUUGCUUUAUCGGGAGGAGAUCAUGAUCCUUCAGAUCAUCGAAACAGCGGAAACCUCAAGUUGUUGCCGGUUCGAGAAGUUGAUCCUGAGUUUAUUCGAGUCAAAUUCGAGUUGACUCGUGAAGAUUUGAAGAAAAUAAGAGAGAGGGUACUUCGAAACGAGGUAAUUAUAAAGCACUACGAGCAAGAUCAAUCGCCUCUUCAUUUGUCAACCUUCGUCCUCACUUACGCGUAUAUGAUAACCUGCAUGGUUAAGGCCAAAGGUGGAGACAUCAGUAACAGAGAGGUUGUAAUUGGAUUCGCAGCUGAUUACAGAAAUCGCUUAGACCCUCCACUGCCAUUAACCUACUUCGGUAAUUGCAUUGGUGCAGAGAUGGAUUUUGGUAUAGCAAGAGAUUUCAUGGGGCAAAAUGGGAUUGCCAUUGCUGCAAAGAUGGUCAGUGAUAUGGUUUCAAGGUUAGGGACGAGAAGUCUUGAAAAGUUACCGGAUGUUCUAUCAGAUUUUAUGAACAAGGUUUCAAAUGCAAAUCUGCUUACAUUUUCAGUGGCAGGGUCAACCCGUUUUGGAGUUUAUGGGACGGAUUUCGGGUGGGGAAAACCCAAAAGUGUGGAGAUUGUGUCGAUUGAUGGUAAUGGAGCAUUUUCUAUGGCAGAGAGCAGAGAUGGGAAUGGAGGAGUCGAGAUCGGUUUCUCAUCGACUAGUAAUUAUAUAGAAAGAUUGACUGUCUUGUUUACCGAGGAACUAAACAGUGAUCUUUAGGCUACAACUUAAACUUUUACAAUUAGUCAAUAUAAACAUAACUUAAAAAGACUACUAGUAACCUGUUACUGUUCAACUCUGUUUUAUCGAGAUUGUAAUUAUCAAUAAUCUUGUAUUUAGAACUUUGUAAUUUUUUGCUUCUACUUC